AUGGCUGCACUCUCUGUAUACACACUUCCACCAAGCCCUGCUAACUGGGACAAGAUUGGCGUGUUUUACAUCUCUUGGUGCGCAUCAUGGACGGCCACACUCAUUGCCGGCAUGGCCUUUUGCUGGCUUCACAGAAAUCUGCCCAUCCUAAAGAUUCGUGGAUUACCAUUGUCUUUUUUUGCAAUUGGUUUUUUGCACAUGUACUGGAUUCUCGCGCAGCUGGUGUAUCCUAUCGGCCAAACCAUGCCCUUGGUUCUCGCAUAUGAUAUCCAGUACUUCUUCAUGGGCCUCUGGUUUCCCUUGGGUGUUGCAUUGUUCCACGCAUCCAACCUUCGUUUCCUUCACGUGGCAAAGCUGCAGAAACAAUUUGCCGGUCAAAUUCAUCGAGUCGAAUCCGGAUGCAGUGGCGCAAAAACCUCAUGGCUUUGCCGCCUACGAAACAUGGAUUAUACAGCACGAUCGAUGAUCUUCAUUGGUCUUGGCAUGAUUAUCCAGGUCUUGCUCACGGUUGGCAUGUGGCUAGCUUGUCGAAAAUACCAUCCCACGUAUGGCAUUCCUGGCACCGAACUUCGCGGCGCAACAAUCCUAGAGCAACUUGUAGACUUGGGCCGAGGAUGGGAAUGGUGGCCGUCGGUUUUGUGGCAAGUCAUUUGGACCUGGAUUAUUGCACCGAUUCUUCUAUGGCGCGCUUGGGGGAUCCGCGAUACCAUGGGAUGGCGUGCACAAACUAUCGGCUGCUGCAUUUCUAAUCUCCAUGCAACACCGAUGUUUCUGGUCUCUUCGUAUAUCCCUGCCUUUCAGAAUGUCAAUAAAUAUUUUACCCCAAGCCAAUGGAUCCAUCUUUCCAUUUUCAUGUUUGAAAUCUUCACAGUUUUCGUUCCAGCCUUCCAAGUCAUCAAAUUUUGGAUUCAGAGAAGAAAGACUACCCGCUCGAGCAAGAAAUGGGACAGUCCUCUCCAACCCACGACCCUGAGUCUGUCACCUCAAGCUGGACCCCUCACACCUUCGUCUUCAUCAACGGAGAAUUGGGUCUUUCUACCCGCCAUUUCGACGACGAAGAGUACACCUUUUGACAUCUUUAGCGAAGACUUGGGCGAUCGCCUGCUAACAAUGAGCGCCCUUGAAUACGUCCUCAACGAGAAUCCUCGAUCACUACAAGAAUUUUCUGCUUUGAGAGAUUUUUCGGGGGAAAACAUUGCCUUUCUAACAAGCGCGGCGAAAUGGAGAUCAUUCUGGGCUACACAGAAGACUAAUGGUCAAAAAAGGAAAAUGUUCAACGAUGCUCUGGAGAUUUACAUCGAUUUUAUCAGCCCAAGAGACGCCGAGUUUCCCUUGAACUUAUCUUCCGGCGAGAUUAAGCGCGUUGAAAGCAUAUUUGAAAAAGCCGCACGCAGCAUAUAUGGAGAGCAAACCAUUAAUCCAGCAACAUCGUUCGAUAUUGAGAUUGCUCCCUUCGGCUGCUGCCAGGCCAGUAGUCCCAUCGAUCUAGGCGCUCGAAGCACCCCCAAGAUACACUAUGAGGGCGAAAUCCCCGACAUAUUUGAUGUAACAGUGUUUGAUAGUGUUCAGACUCAUAUAAAGUAUCUUGUUUUGACCAAUACAUGGCCGAGAUUCGUGGACGAAAUGCAGGCCAAGCGACGCCAAUCGAGCGACACGGCGAAUAGCGAAGGUGCCUGGAAAUCUGGAUCGACCAUUACCAAUCGGAUUGCCCAGCUGGUCCGUCAAAUACUGUAG